AUGACUGAAGCUAGGGCCAGUGCUGCCACUGAAGUUGUUGGGGGUAAUGAUGUUGCUGGUGACACCAUAUUUGUUGGUCAGUACUUGUUUACAGGAAGUGAAACUACUUCUGUUUGGCUUGAGGUUGAUAAAGUUGAAGGGGUUGAUGUUGUUUGCAAGAUCAAAAAUUCUGCAACCCUGGCAGGAGCACUGUUUACUUUGCAUGCAUCUCAAAUUCAUAUCGAUCUGCCUACCCUCACCGAUAAGGAUAAAGAGCACAUCAGUAGAUGGGGAGCUAGAAAUAAAAUUGACUUCCUCUCUUUAUCAUAUACAAGGCAUGCAGAGGACGUCCGUGAAGCACGUGAAUUUCUUUCUAAGCUUGGUGACCUUAGUCAAACACAAAUAUUUGCAAAGAUUGAAAACGUUGAGGGUUUGACUCACUUUGAUGAGAUCCUUCAAGAGGCAGACGGUAUUAUCCUUUCCCGUGGAAACCUUGGCAUUGAUCUUCCACCAGAGAAAGUGUUUUUGUUCCAGAAAGCUGCUCUUUACAAGUGUAACAUGGCUGGAAAACCGGCUGUGGUUACACGUGUUGUGGAUAGCAUGACUGACAAUUUACGGCCAACUCGUGCAGAAGCAACUGAUGUUGCAAACGCUGUAUUGGAUGGGAGUGAUGCAAUUCUUCUCGGUGCUGAGACCCUUCGUGGGUUAUACCCUGUUGAAACAAUAUCUAUUGUUGGUAAAAUUUGUGCCGAGGCAGAGAAGGUUUUUAAUCAAGACCUGUACUUCAAGAAGACUGUCAAAUAUGUUGGAGAACCAAUGACUCACUUGGAAUCGAUUGCAUCAUCUGCGGUACGUGCAGCUAUUAAGGUGAAGGCAUCUGUCAUUAUCUGUUUCACAUCUUCUGGAAGGGCUGCAAGAUUAAUUGCCAAGUAUAGGCCAACAAUGCCAGUCAUAUCAGUUGUGAUUCCCAGGCUAAAGACUAAUCAAUUGCGGUGGAGUUUCAGUGGCGCAUUUGAGGCAAGGCAAUCGCUUAUUGUCAGGGGUCUUUUCCCCAUGCUUGCUGAUCCCCGACAUCCUGCGGAAUCUACAAGUGCAACUAAUGAGUCGGUCCUAAAAGUUGCACUUGACUAUGGGAAGACCUCUGGGGUGAUCAAGUCACAUGAUCGGGUUGUUGUAUGUCAAAAAGUUGGAGAUGCUUCCGUGGUCAAAAUUAUCGAGCUCGAAGACUAGAGCUAGGAGGCUACCAUAUUGUCAUCUAUGGUCUAGUUGCACUUGGAUAUAUUGCCACCACAUGCUAGGAAAACUUGAUGUUAUAACAUCUUUACACAAACUACUUGACUGUAAACAGGGCUUAAUGUUGGCUGUGAGAUAUAAGUGCGGGCAAUCAAAUACUUUGUACCUUGCCAUACAUUUGUGGGCAUGCAUAUAAUUUAAUAAAAAUGGUCGUUGGUGCU